AUGGAUGAAUCAUACUUCAACAUCCCCAAAGACAGAAAAUGGUCGUCGCACACUUUUGCAGAAUAUCCUCUUUGUCGAUUACUUUACGAAGAGUCUCUGGAUCUUGAGAAAGAUAUAUCUGUUGCAGGUCAGACUUACUCCCACAUCAUCUUCAAAUCUUCGUACAUACAUAAUGUAUCUUUCAUUCAUAUUCCACAUGUUUCACAGUUUUCGUCUAUGAAGGGACUUGGAAUAUUUAUAUCUUGUUGUCUUAGAAAUUUUGUGUAG